CCUGUUUUUUUCUUUCUUUCCUCCUUCGAAGUUGAAAAGGCUGAAGCAGAGCGGUGGAGGGGGCCCAGCUUCCCUUCCUACUUGUCGUUGAUGCGUCGUUUUCGUCUCUUUUCCACAUUGUUGUUUGUUUCUCGCUCGUUUUGAUAUUUUCUGCGCCGACCUUUCCUUCGCAAUGGCGGGGGCUAUUAUUGAAAAUAUGAGCACCAAAAAGUUGGUGAUAGUGGGAGUUACUCUGCUUUUGUUCCAGGCGUUUGCCUUCAUGGUCGGCGGAUUAAUUGCUCCCAGCCCCACCACAGCGGUCCACUACUUGGCCACCAAGUGUGUGGACACAGUCAAGCAUCGACAGGAAACAAAAUGGUUUAUGCCCUGGGGUCCUAACCAAUGUGACAAGAUCCGUACCUUUGACGAGGCCAUGGCCAAGAAGAUCGAGGCCAACAACAUCGUGUUUGCAGUCCACAUUCCCAUGAAUAACAACGAGAUGAGCCCCUGGUUCCAGUUUAUGCUCGUCAUCCUGCAGUUUGACAUCGCAUUUAAGAUGUACAAUCAAAUAGAGGACGGAGCAUUGGCCACCAUUGAUGUGGGCCUGGCCUACAGAGACGACACACUCAGUGAGUGGACUGAGAUGGCUCACUCGUUUGAACAGAGGAAACUCACCUGCAACUUCACAACUACCAAGACAUUUGAGAACGAGGGGCGUUACUAUGAGUGUGAUCUGCUGCCAUUCAUGGAGGUCGGCAGUGUGGCCCAUAAGUACUAUCUCUUAAACAUCCGCCUGCCUGUCAACGAACGUAAGAAGGUCAACGUUGGGAUCGGAGAAAUCAAAGACAUUCGUCUUGUAAGCAUCCACCAGAACGGCGGCUUCACCAAAGUGUGGUUUGCCAUGAAGACCUUCCUCACACCUAGCAUCCUCAUCAUCAUGAUCUGGUACUGGAGACGGAUCACCCUGAUGAGCAGACCUCCCGUGCUGCUGGAGAAGGUUAUCCUCGCUCUGGGUAUCUCCAUGACCUUCAUCAACAUCCCAGUGGAGUGGUUCUCUGUUGGCUUCAACUGGACCUGGAUGCUUCUUUUUGGAGACAUCAGGCAGGGUAUCUUCUACUCCAUGCUGCUCUCCUUCUGGAUCAUCUUCUGUGGGGAGCACCUCAUGGAUCAGACAGAGAGGAACCGUUUCUCAGUCUACUGGAAGCAGGUGGGACCCAUCGUGUUUGGCUCCUUCUGUCUCUUUAUCUUUGACAUGUGUGAAAGAGGGGUUCAGCUGACAAACCCCUUCUACAGCAUCUGGGCGUCUGAUGUAGGAACUGAGCUUGCUAUGGCCUUCAUCAUAGUUGCAGGGAUCUGUGCCUGCCUUUACUUCCUCUUCCUCUGCUUCAUGGUGUUUCAAGUCUUCCGCAACAUCAGCGGCAAGAGGACGUCCCUGCCUGCCAUGUCCAAGGCCAGACGCCUGCACUAUGAGGGUCUGAUUUUCAGGUUUAAGUUCCUGAUGCUGGUCACUCUUGCAUGUGCUGCGAUGACGGUCAUCUUCUUCAUCAUCAGUCAGGUGAAUGAGGGCCACUGGCACUGGGGCGACCACACGGUGCAGGUGAACAGUGCUUUCUUCACCGGCAUCUACGGCAUGUGGAACCUGUACGUUUUCGCCAUCAUGUUCCUCUACGCACCGUCUCACAAACGUUACGGAGACGACCAGUCAAGUGGUCAGUGCAUCACUGGGGAUGUUGGAGCAAACAGCGGAGAGGACAUCCAGCUGACUACAACCAUCACCCAUGUUGAUGGACCCACUGAGCUCUACAAGAUGACAGGAAAAGAGGCCCAGGAGUAGAUUCCACACUGUAAGACUUCACAAGAUGCUCUGCUACCUACUGCUCCAACCAUCCCCUCCCUCAUAUAUAUGUCAUCAAACAGGCUUUUCUUUACAUGCCUUUGCACUCAACAUCAACACUCCACCUUGCAUGCACCUACCGUUCCAAAACGGUUAUCUUUAGCCCGCAAAAACAAUUCAGCUGUGUGCCACAAUGUUACCCAAGACUGAAUGUAAUCGACACUCCUUUCGGUCCUUUUCAUUUCAUUGUACAAUACUUUUCCUAUGUUUCUUUAUUUUUUUGGGAACUUUGUUGUGUUUUUAAAAGUUGACAAAACGCUUUUGUCACCAAAAAACAUUGUGUAGAGAAACUCAAAUUUGUUCCGAAUUAGCAUCCGUCACACUCCUGAUUUAAAACAAAUGAAGAUGAAAGUAGACUUUCGUAAAGGCCAGAGUCUGGAGAAGGACAGCCAGCAAGAUAUUUCGAUACAUUUAGCAACUUGGUUUGAUAUUCUGCUUCACUACCUACACAGUGAAAGCAUUAAGAGCUCGUCACAAAUGCGUAUUCUUCCAUAGAGAAGUAGAUCAUGUUGAGUACUGCUGUCUUUCAAGGGGUCUUUUUUUUUUCUUUACACCAGGGGGAGAUGUACAGACCAAGCAGCCACUUUGGGAAAUGCAUACUGUAUGUUCAUUAUGUUACAAUGUAGAUAUCUAUUUUUUAUAAAGUGCUCAUUUUCAGCUUCACAAAGUAUAUGCAUCAAUUUGUUUUGAAGUUGACUGUAGCCUAUUAUACAUGGCUUUUAGUUUGUUUGUUGUUUUUGCUUUAUAUGAUAAUUUAAAUAAAACAACCUUUUACUUAA